GCGCCAAGACAGUUUGUUUCCACAGGUUGUCACUAUGAUGAACACCUAACGCCAGUCCAUAGCGUCAGGAACAUCUGUGUGGAAUAACCUGGUAACACCAGGCAUCGGCUUUACCACCCAGGAAACAGAAGUGAGAAGUUGCCUCCUGCAGCUAGGGAAGAAAGCACUUUCAAGUGAUUGCUUCUGUGUCGAGACAUAACGAAAGGUAACCAGUAUGGAUGUGGAUUAUAUUGAAUAUGGCGAUUACACCCCAGACAAUGAAACAGAGAGCACCACCGUCACCACAACUGGACUGCUGACUUUCAGUACUCCUCAGUCAUCUCUGACACAUGUUCUGGUGGCACUCAAUAUUCUUAUAUCUGUUGUUGGCCUUGGAGGAAAUUCGUUAGUGAUCUGGGUCUGUGGAUGGAAAAUGAAAAGAACGGUCAUCACCACCUGGUACAUCAGUCUGGCCAUUUCAGACUUUUUGUUCUGUGCCGUUUUGCCCCUGGAAGUAUUCUACAUGAUCACCUCACAUUGGCCUUUCGGACUGGUCUUGUGCAAGCUCACCUCCUCUGUUCUGUUUCUCAACAUGUACAGCUGUGUGUUUCUCUUAGUUCUCAUUAGUGCUGACCGCUGUGUAUUGAUUUUGUUUCCCGUUUGGGCACAUAACCACCGGACAGUGCCGAAAGCAUCUGGGAUUGUUGUGCUUAUGUGGGUCUUUUCUGCCCUUCUAACGUUUCCCUCACUGCUCUUCAGACAAACCACAGUCCACGGCUCUGUCACUCAGUGCCACACCAAUUACAUGAGCCAUUCCAUACACAUGGCAGUGGUACUGACUCGAUUCAUCUGGGGGUUCCUGAUUCCUUUCCUUGUGAUAGUCGUCUGCAGCACGGUGCUCUGCGUGAAGCUGAGAACUUUAACCAUCAAGUCAACCAAGCCUUACAAAGUCAUGGCGGCGCUCAUCCUGACGUUCUUCUUCUGCUGGGUCCCCUAUCAUACCUUUGUUCUGUUAGAGUCAGAUGUGGAGAACCACCGCGUGGAGGUACUUCACACUGGCCUGAAGGUGGGGGCCACCCUGGCUGCAGCAAACAGCUUCAUCACCCCAGUGCUCUAUGUGUUCAUUGGGAAUGACUUUAAACAAAUCCUAAGAAAGUCUUUGAAAUCAAGGAUAGAGGACGCAAUGGCAGAGGAUUUCCGCACAGGUGGUCUCAAUCACUCAAGGUCUAAGCAGAUGGAAAUAAUCUAAAAUCAAGUUGAAACCUUUGUCAUCAAUUACAAACAGUAUUUCACUGUACAGAACAUUAUUAUAGCAGUGCACCCCCAGAAAAUGUUCACAGAGGUAGCCAGAUGGGGCCAAAACCAAAAGCCAUAACUGAAUUUCAGGAUUUCAAUUAUGCUGCUGUAGUUAACAGGCUAGUUAAAAAAUAUGUCAGUGUAAGAGUUAAGAGAUCGCGUACUGAUAUGGUUUCCUGUUUUACCGUCAAUGUUAAUUAUCUGAUGUGCAAUGUCUCAUACCAGUACACUUAACAUUUUUAGUUCCACAGAAAUUUGGUUUUAAUGUGUUAUUCACCUGUAAAAACAUGUCUUAGAUGAUUUAUUGUUCUUCAAAUAAGCUGGUUGUCCUUUUCCUUUAAAGGACAAAUACAGCUUUAUUAGAAAAAGAACAAGGAAGGAACAAAAAAAUAACAGGAACAAGCAAUUUUAAAAACACCACAUAGAGUUCUCCAAUUAUUUUAGACUAUUUUUGCGAGGUGGUGGUAGCGCCACAGAUAAUAGAGCUGGGUGACGUUGACAGAAUCAUAUGUCAUGGCAUGUUUUACCUCAGACAUAUAUAUUGUUUAUAUAUGCAUCAAUAAUUUAUUUAUAAUGAUGAUAAAAUCUCAAAUGUCACAAUAUCAAUUUUGCAUGACACAAUGAUUGCAUUUAGUCAUUUUAACAUCUUAUGUCUUUCAACUUGUAUAAAUACUUGUAACUUGUAAAAAUAUAUUAUUUUUAGAUUGCUUUCAUGAGUGUGAAUGAAUUGCUUGUGUUAGUACGUUUGUAAACCAGUCAGCCCCAAAUUAGCCACUGCAGGACAGUAUUUUGAAUCGAAUUCAUCAUCAUUUACAAUAUAUUCUAAUUUGGUUGGGCUGAUCAUGAGCGAAUUGAGUUGAAAUAUUCAUGUGGCCCUAUAUUAGAUGUUCUUGAAAACCAAGUACUUUUAAUCUUAAUCCUAUUAUCAGUAUUAGAUGCAUAUUUACAUUUUCAAAAGGAAAGUGAACAAAUGAAUGAUGUACUAACAUUGUUGUAACUUUAUUCUGUUCCCUUUGAUUUAAACUUCUGUCUUUGAUUAAAUGUAGCACUCGUAGCAAGCAGAACUGCUGAAUAUUUUAUUUGUUUUAUUUUAAAGUUAAUAAAACAUAUCACACCUGU